UUCAAUAAUGGUGCAUAUGCCCCUUCUUGGUAUUUGACUGAGUGUUAUUUAAACCACUCAUGGGACUAGAAAAUUGUUUUCCUGCCUGUCUGUCCACAGGAUAUCUUGAGAUGAAGACUUUAAAUUUUGAGUACAACUACCAGCCAAUUAUGUUACAUGACAGAUGGUCUAGGGUACUCUUGAUUCAAAUAUAGAGUUGGUUUGAAUGCCACAAACGCCUCCACAUGCUUUACCAAGAAGCGCUGUUGGAAAUAAUAAAUGGUGAUAAUGAAACAGUCAAGGAGGCUUUUCUUGUUCAUGGAAAAGUAAAGGUGCUAGUAUUGGAAGCCAUAACACUUUCAGUUUGGCGGCAGAAUAUAUUUCCCUGUUUGUGUAACAUCCAAAUUAGUAAGGAGAAGGUGUUUGCAGUUUUCACAGUGUUGUACCAUGAAGUUACAGCAUUUGGACUGCUUGAGUCUUUAGCUUUCUAUAGUGACUGUGUGGAGAGUCUACAGGAUACUGCGGUAGAGCUACUGGACUACUGUGUUGCCAGCAUACUACAGAUUAUAAAUCGAGAUGUUCCAAAAGUACUACAUGAGAAGUUGGACGAACUCACUGUACAGGAGGAGCUGCAACACCACGAGUCCAACAUAGUGCACAACCUGGCCGUCAAAUCUAUAAGUGUCAUUCGUUACCUUGCACAGGCGUUUGAACAUCUACCUCUCAACAUUACAUCUCGCUUCUACAACAACCAUGAUGUACCGAUGUUGCUGUGUAAAGUUAUAGAGAUGGCACCUUGGUGCACUACUGGCACAGACGGAAAACAAUAUCAAUUUGUUGAUGGUAACUGGCGCAAGCGACAGAGUACAGAUGAAGCCAUCAACAAAAGUGAGGGCCAGGCAUGGCUGAGCCUGAGACAGGUUCUGUUAGACCAAAGGUUACUACAGUACUAUGAGUUCAAUGACUAUCGGAGACAACAGCUCUGCAAGCUGAUUCGUCACCUCCAUGAUGACAUGCUGGACCAGCUGUCUCCCUUGGCAGAGUUGAAACACUUUCUGUGUCAGCUCUCUGUUGCCAACUUGCCAACUCCACAAGCUAGACCUCUCAUCCUGGAACUGGUGGCAGAGUACAGGGAUAAACUUUUGCGGAAAUUUGCAAAUAAAUGGGAAAAGCUGACAAUGAAACAGGCAGAUAUGUUAAGAGACUUGGAUAUUAAUCAGAUUCGAAGUAUAGCUAAAGGAUUGUCAGAGACAUACAGAACACUGGACCUAGUGGAGCCAGAACCAGCCAAGUGUGGCAACUGCGGAGAACCGGCUGCCAGUCGCUGCUCUCGUUGCAAGUCGGAGUGGUAUUGUGGCAGAGAAUGUCAAGUGAAGAUGUGGAACAAGCAUAAGUCUAUAUGUGCCUUGAUAUCAGACCAGUCUGUUUCACAGUGAAAAUAAAUGGUUUACAUUAAAUUGUUUUAUUUGUGUA